AUGAGUGAUGCUGAACUUUUGCGUAAUGUUAAUGCUCGUCUAUGUCGAUUGCGUCUUUGGUCCAAAUUUGAAGGACUCGGUUUUCAUCUUGAAGCAUCUCCUCGACCACCACAUAUAAUUCGACUUGUCGAAUCAAAUAGUCCAGCUGCAGCUGGUGGUUUGAAAAUUCUUGAUGUUGUAUUAGCUGUUAAUCAAGAAGAUGUAUCCAAAGCUGAUUAUGAUCGAGUACGAAAUGCUAUAAAAACAGCUCGUGAUAUCAAUAUUCCUAUUGAACUACUUGUUGUUGAACAACGUUUUUAUCAAAUACUAAAGACAAGAAAUAUUUCAAUUAAUUCUCAUAUAGCAACUAUCAUGAAUACACCAGAAACAAUGCCAAGUGAUUAUUUAAAUUUUCCUAAACAUGCACCACGUACAUGUUAUAUAUGCUUAAAUGAAACAGACACAUCAUUUGGUUUUGAAGUUAUUCAUGGUGAAAAUGAUAUUGGUGUAUAUAUUCAAGAAGUAUUUUCAAAUAGUCCAGCUAGUAGUACAUCAUUACGUAAAUGUGAUCGUAUUAUUGAAAUCAAUGAUAAAUAUGUCGAUAA